GCUCCGAGCCGUGGAGGGCGGAGGGUGGUGGCAGCGCUGGCGCUGGGGGACCGGCUCGGUGACUUCGGCAAACAGUUUGGCGCCGGCGGCCGCCAGCCUCACUCCACAGUCCGCCCUCGACACGGCUCGCAGCCUCCUCGCCGCCGGCAGCCCGCAAUGUGGCCCACCGUGCCGGUGUAGCAGCUGCGCGUGCGCGGAACCACGGGGCCAUGAGCAAAGCCGGCGGCUGCCGGGGCUGUGGGUGCCGGGUCCCCCAGCGAGCGUCAUGGAGCCUGGUGGCAGCGACGGCCGCGCUCUGUCUGGUGUUGGCCACGUUCGUGUGCACGGCAGGGGCCGCGCCCAUGAGUAGGGAAGAGAAGCAGAAGCUUGGAAAUCAAGUCCUGGAAAUGUUUGAUCAUGCUUAUGGCAACUAUAUGGAACAUGCCUACCCAGCUGAUGAGCUCAUGCCUUUAACCUGCCGGGGGCGUGUCAGAGGCCAGGAGCCCAGCCGGGGCGAUGUGGAUGACGCCUUGGGAAAGUUUUCCCUAACACUGAUUGAUUCUUUGGACACUCUUGUGGUAUUAAACAAAACUAAGGAAUUUGAAGAUGCUGUGAGAAAAGUUUUAAGGGAUGUUAAUUUAGAUAAUGAUGUAGUUGUUUCAGUCUUCGAAACAAACAUCAGAGUUCUUGGGGGUCUUUUGGGCGGACACUCACUGGCCAUCAUGCUGAAGGAGAAAGGUGAGCACAUGCAGUGGUACAAUGACGAGCUCCUCCAGAUGGCAAAGCAGCUGGGUUACAAGCUCCUGCCAGCUUUCAACACCACCAGCGGCCUUCCGUACCCCAGGAUUAAUUUAAAGUUUGGCAUCAGAAAACCAGAAGCCAGGACGGGAACUGAGACAGACACCUGUACAGCCUGUGCAGGCACCUUGAUCCUCGAAUUUGCUGCAUUGAGUCGAUUCACAGGAGCGACGAUAUUUGAGGAAUAUGCAAGAAAAGCUCUUGAUUUUCUCUGGGAGAAAAGACAGCGAAGUAGCAAUUUAGUAGGCGUGACUAUCAAUAUUCAUACUGGAGACUGGGUGCGCAAAGAUAGUGGAGUUGGAGCGGGGAUCGACUCAUAUUAUGAAUAUCUGUUGAAAGCCUAUGUCUUGCUUGGAGAUGACAGUUUUCUGGAAAGAUUUAAUACACAUUACGAUGCCAUAAUGAGGUAUAUUAGCCAGCCGCCUCUCCUACUUGAUGUGCAUAUUCACAAACCAAUGCUGAACGCUCGGACCUGGAUGGAUGCACUACUUGCCUUUUUUCCAGGUUUGCAGGUUUUAAAGGGUGAUAUUAGACCUGCUAUUGAAACUCAUGAAAUGUUAUACCAGGUGAUUAAAAAACACAAUUUUCUACCAGAGGCAUUUACUACAGAUUUCAGGGUCCAUUGGGCUCAGCAUCCUUUAAGGCCAGAGUUUGCAGAAAGUACCUACUUCUUAUAUAAGAACAGGAAACAGAAGUCACAGUCUUUAGGUAAUGUCCCAGUGGCUGGUGACCUCCUUAGCAGAAGAGAUUCAUCUUUAAAGCCCAGUUCUUCACCACUCCCAUCAUCCUUACUAAUGCCCUUUCAAUCUGCAUUCAAUUUAGUCAGCAUCACUGAGGACCUCUAUGAGCCAAGAGCUGAGCUUGGUGAGAAAAUGGAUUCUUUCUUCUUGGCUGAAAUGUUUAAAUACCUGUACCUGUUAUUUGCUGAUAAAGAGGACAUCAUUUUUGACAUAGAAGACUAUAUCUUUACAACAGAAGCUCAUCUGUUACCGCUUUGGCUUUCCACCACAAACCGAAGCAUCUCAAAGAAGAACACAACCUCAGAAUACACAGAACUGGAUGACAGUAAUUUUGACUGGACUUGCCCAAACACUCAGAUUCUUUUUCCUAAUGAUCCACUGUAUGCUCAGAGCAUCCGUGAACCCUUGAAAAACGUGGUGGAUAAGAGCUGUCCGAGAGGCAUCAUCAGAGUAGAGGAGAGUUUCAGAAGUGGAGCUAAGCCUCCUCUGAGAGCCAGAGAUUUUAUGGCCACUAACCCUGAACAUUUAGAAAUCCUGAAGAAGAUGGGGGUGAGUUUGAUUCACCUCAAAGAUGGGCGAGUCCAGCUGGUCCAACAUGCAAUCCAAGCUGCUAGUUCAAUUGAUGCUGAAGAUGGGUUGCGGUUCAUGCAGGAGAUGAUAGAGCUGUCCAGUCAGCAACAGAAGGAGCAGCAGCUGCCUCCACGAGCUGUCCAGAUUAUCUCCCACCCGUUUUUUGGCAGGGUCGUCUUAACUGCUGGACCAGCUCAGUUUGGGCUGGAUCUAUCUAAACACAAAGAGACACGAGGAUUUGUUGCAAGCAGUAAACCAUAUAAUGGUUGUUCAGAGCUCACUAACCCUGAGGCAGUGAUGGGAAAAAUUGCCUUGAUACAAAGAGGACAGUGCAUGUUUGCAGAAAAGGCACGCAACAUUCAGAAUGCUGGCGCCAUCGGUGGCAUCGUGAUCGAUGACAACGAGGGGAGCAGUAGCGACACAGCCCCCCUGUUCCAGAUGGCCGGCGAUGGGAAGGACACAGACGACAUCAAGAUCCCCAUGCUGUUCCUGUUCAGCAAGGAAGGCAGCAUCAUCCUGGACGCCAUCCGCGAGCACGAGCAGGUGGAGGUGCUCCUCUCCGACAAAGCCAGAGACCGAGCAGCCAUAUUAAAAGGUAAAAUGAUUCCAAGCUACAUUAUUAACAGUAAUCCCGAAAUGGAAAAUGAAGACCAGCCGUCUUCUGAAAAUGAUUCUCAGAAUCAGAGCGCAGAGCAGAUGCUCUCGCUUUCUCAGACAGUCGACUUGGCUGAUCAGGAGAGCCCUGAAAACCCUCCAGAUUCUCACUCAGAGGCAUCUCCAGCAGACAGUGAAGAAGCUGCCGGCUUUGCCCCUUCUGAACAGAUAUCUAGUUCCACAGAAAACCAGGAGACUACAAGUCUCGAUGGUGAAUGUACAGACUUAGAUAACCAACUUCAAGAACAAUCAGAAACUGAGGAAGAUUCCAGUCCUAAUGUCAGCUGGGGUACAAAGGCCCAGCCUAUAGAUUCCAUAUUAGCAGACUGGAAUGAAGACAUAGAAGCGUUUGAAAUGAUGGAGAAGGAUGAACUAUGAUUCUGUAAAGACUCUGCUGGUAGAUAUUUAAAAAGAAGAGGUAAACUGUGGUUUGUGACACCCUGUACCAAGCAGGCUCUCCUGGGAGGCUCUGAGCAUUGCUCAAGCACGUUCUGACUGGGUAAGAAGUCACCAUAGGAACCUGGAGCAUGCUGUGUUAGAGCUGACCUCACCGAGACUGUCCCAUCCAAAGUGGAAACUCACAAGCCCUCAAAUGGUGGUGUCAUCUAACCUGCAGCUCCCUGGCCAGGGAAAGAUGACUGGCCACUCCUGGGUAGACAAGAAGCCAAUUCAGCUAAUGGAACCUGGGAACAGAG